AUGAGGGUAGAUGAGAGUAGAGAGUACCCAGGGGUGAGGGUAGAUGAGAGUAGAGAGUACCCAGGGGUGUCUGGUCCUGUGUACGUGUCUGGCCCUGUGAACGUGUCUGUUCCUAUGUACGUGUCUGGCCCUGUGUACGUGUCUGGCCCUGUGUACGUGUCUGUCCCUGUGUACGUGUCUGGCCCUGUGUACGUGUCUGGCCCUGUGUACGUGUCUGUCCCUGUGUACGUGUCUGUCCCUGUGUACGUGUCUGGCCCUGUGUACGUGUCUGGCCCUGUGUACGUGUCUGGCCCUGUUGAUCCUGGUGGGCGUGAUCCUGAUCAUCUGCGUGGGCAAGAGAGACGCCUGCAGCCUCCGCUUCUGGUAACCAUAGCAACCACAUGCAGAGGGGAGAAGACGAGCACACGAGGAGAAGCAGAGAAAAUAAACCCAAAGAAAAUCCUGACCAAGCCACAGCCUGACCAAGCCACAAAGCCUGACCAAGCUACGAAGCCUGACCAAGCUACGAAGCCUGACCAAGCCACAAAGCCUGACCAAGCCACAAAGCCUGACCAAGCCACAAAGCCUGACCAAGCCACAAAGCCUGACCAAGCCACAAAGCCUGACCAAGCCACAAAGCCUGACCAAGCCACAAAGCCUGACCAAGCUACGAAGCCUGACCAAGCCACAAAGCCUGACCAAGCCACAAAUGCAGGGACGAAUAUAGAAGAGAAACAACUUUCUCGCCUGCUUCACCAUACUUAG